AUGAACGAAAAUGCAACAAGAAAUUCAUCAACCAGACAACAAAAACUCAAUUUUACAAAUAUUAGAGUGUUGGUGAGGGAGGUGAUUGAACGAUUCAUGUUCGGAGAUGUUUCUACAACAAUAAAUGACAAGAUGAUGAUUGAACAAUUGUUGGGUAGUGAACAAACCAUGACAAGAAAUGUUCAAAAAUUGCAACAAAAGAAACAAGGUUUGGAAAAUCAAUUGGAAAGAAAGAGAUCGGAAUUGAUGGAGAAGGCAUUUAGAAAUUAUAAUAUUGUUGAUCUUCAUCGGAAACAUACUACAUCAGUUGUUUUAGCAGGGAGUGAAAAACAUAAUUCGGAAAUUAUAGAACAUAAUACUACAUCAGGAUUGAGAAAAUUAAAUAAUAACAAUACUAGCAAUUGGCUAGGUUUGGAGUGGAUUAUUAGAUUGAUAUUAUCUUUAUUCAAAGGAGUUUAA